AAUCCAAAAGACGUCGCAUUUUGUAACCUCGUGGAGGCGCGUUUCCCUGCGUGUGUUUCGAUAUUCGUCGUAUGAAUGCAAGGCGUCAACUGGUAGCGGAGAUGAACACGAUAAAAGAAGGCAGCUACGUUGUGGUUAGAGGGUUAAACAACACGCGAUUAGUCCAGGUGGACAGCAAGAAGCCCGUAUUCUUCGGCAAGAGGAAGUUCAGCAUUCAAACGGCAAUUGGAGAGGCUUUCGGGUCUGUCUUCGAGAUCGACAACCGCGAUCUCCGCAAGGUAUCGGCCGAGGAGUACAGAAAAAGAUGCUCGGAGUGCGAGGUUCCUGUAGACGAUGCACAAACUAGUGGACAAGACAAUAGGAAUCUUGUCGAUGACGGCAAGUCCCAGAAACUUACCAGAGAAGACAUAGAAACGUUCAAAGCGGAUGGCACAUCCGGCGAAAGCAUCAUCAAGACUCUGGUGGAGAACAGCACGACGUUUAAGGAGAAGACUGAGUACGCUCAGCGCAAGUACCUCAAGAAGAAGCAGGACAAGUAUCUGCAGCACGUGACGCUCGAGCGGCCAACGGCACGGCUCCUGGUCGAGAUGUACUACUCGCAGAAUCCCAUCAAGAUUGGGAACAUGCGCAUUGACUCAUUGGCUCAAAUGCUGACCUGUUGCAACGUGCGGUCAGGCGGCCGCUUCAUAGUGUUUGACGCCUAUCUGGGUCUCCUGACCGCUGCCGUGCUGGAGAGGCUUGGGCAGGACGGCAGUGUGGUGCAAGUCUAUGCGGGACAAGGACCGGACAGCUCGUACAGACAGGCCGUGUACGCGCUGAACUUGGGAGAAGAGUUCCUCCGAUCCACUGUGCUGGAAUUGCCUUACGCGAAGGCGAGCUCACUGCUCGCCGACCAAAACAGUGGAACACCGGAAGACAAGCCGGAGGGUGAGAACGCGAGUGCCGAGGCCGAGAUGGAGGAUGUGUCGGAGAAGAAUUCCCUUUCAAACAGCGACGCAACGAUUGGCAAUUCUGAACCGAGCAAGGAACCAGCGUCCACAACGGAUUCAAAGGACGCAGAGCGUGCCGCGAGGAAACAGCGGAGGUUGCUGGAACAGCAAAAGGCGAUGGAUUUGCUCAAGACAAAGUCCUUAGAUGGGCUCCUCGUUGCCAGCAAACACCACCCGACGGCCAUCGUCCAGUCGCUUCUAGAGUUCGUCGCGCCUUCCAGGCCGUUCGCCAUCUUCUGUAGCUUCCAGGAGCCUCUGGUCGACUGCUACACUCAGCUGAAGAAUGCCGGCAGUGCUGUCUUCCUCAGAUUGACCGAGAGUUGGCUUCGAAGCCACCAGGUGUUGCCCAACCGGACGCACCCUUCCAUCAACAUGAGUGGCGGAGGCGGCUAUGUGCUCACGGGCAUCAAGGUUGCAGACAGUGUCUGAAUGUGACACCACUCUCGUACCCACUGGUACACUCCAUCAAGCAGCGAGCGUCUUCAGAAGUGUCCGUUGACAUUCCGCAGAAACUUUUGCGUGCGGGAGAGUUUCCGGACGCCGAGGACAAUGACUUUGGUGCCGUUCGAACGUGGAUCUGUACGUACUACGCCUCUAGAAGCCUCGAAGGCAAGAAGUGGUGGUUCUGUAAAGAUAGGCUUGAAAUGAACCGUAAAAGAGAACGUCUUUGCAAAAACUCGCAAAAAGAAGUUCUGCUUAAUGGUUUGUAAGUAAA